UGACUGGUUUUAAGUGUAUCUCUCUCUCUCUCUCUCUCACACACACACACACACACACAAUUGACUACAUUCAGGAUGAGGCUAAAAGUAGGGAAGGUGAUGGGUUAGACAGCACAUCCCAAGCUGGGUUUUGGCCACAAAGGGCUGUCAUCUAUUGCAGGCCCUUAGGGGGUUUGUUAAGUAAUAAAAGAGCCUAGUUUGAUGUCACCAGAAGUUAGGUACCUAGACAGCCUCUGUAGUAACUGCAAUGAAUUGGAAGAGCGAGCCUCAGUUUAGACAUCAGAAGACCAUGCCUGCCAUUCACAACUGACUCACUGGCUCCACUCUGGGCAAGUCCUUCACUCCUCGGGCUUGAGCUUCUCCGUCUGAAGAAUGGAAAGGAGAAAGGAGUGCUCCAUCAGAGGAGGCUAGGAGAUGUGAAGGGGCUGAGAACUAGGAGCUGCGCUGCAAACUACAAAUGGAAGGGGCCGGCAUAGGUGUCUUCAAAUGGAAACCGGAGUCGAGCAGGCUCCACCCGCACUCCUAAGGCUCAUGCUUGCACAAGACAAAUGGUAGCAUGAGACAUGAACAAGCGGGACAACAUGAAGACUUUGGUGCAGGAGCCCCCCCUUGACUACUCCUUCAAAAGCAUCCAUGUCAUUCCAGAUCUGGUGAGUGAGGAGCCGAGGCCAGGGCUCCGACCCCUGAGGCACUCUCAGUCGGGGAAGUCGCUGACUCAGUCCCUGUGGCUGAACAACAAUGUCCUCAAUGACCUGAAAGACUUUAGCCAGGUGACCUCACAGCUGCUGGAGCACCCAGAGAACCUGGCCUGGAUUGACCUGUCCUUCAAUGACCUGACUUCCAUCGAUCCUAUUCUGACAACUUUCUUCAACCUGAGCGUCCUCUAUCUCCAUGGCAACAGCAUCCAUCGCCUUCGAGAGGUAGAUAAGCUGGCUCUCCUCCCUAGGCUCAGAAGCCUGACACUCCACGGGAAUCCCAUGGAGGAGGAGAAGGGGUAUAGGUACUACGUGCUGUGCACCUUGCCCCGCAUCACCACGUUUGACUUCAGUGGGGUGACCAAAGCAGACCGCACCACAGCCGAAGUCUGGAAACGCAUGAACAUCAAGCCCAAGAAGGUCCGCAUCAAGCACAAUGCGCUCUGAGUUCCCGGGAUCCUGGCAGUCCUGAAGGCUUUAAGUUGGUCUGCUUGGUUUGAUAAUAAACAAUUUUACCUGUUCAGCAGAUGAAAAGCCA